AUGAAGACAACUCUGACUUUAACAUGCGCAAUUUUGCUUCUUAGCAUCUGCCAGGGAGCCAUUCGUCGCGAAGCUGAUGGUACUUGUGAGGAGAUGAUGAUGGAUGCUGUACAAAGUGCUACAAACAAGGCAGGCCAGAGUAUUUGUCAAUUCAACAAAGAUCUAUUGGAUGCAUAUCGCCCAGCACUAUCGGCCUGUCAGGACACAUCAGCCCCACUGAUACAAGAAUGGCUUAUGGCAGCUCUUUGGGAUAUUGAACUUGCUGAAAAGCAAGAAGCUAAUUGCGACAUUGACACUACAGUGUUACACCCUUUCCUCAAUACAGACAAUAGAGCGAUAGUAGUUGCAGCUGAUAAGCAUCUAGAAGAUGUCCCUAGUGAAAUGUUGACAUGCAUUCAAAAUGCCAUGACGCAAGUGGAUAAAGAUCUGAUUGAAUUGCUUCAGAAAAAGAAGUACGGUACUUGCAUGGCUGCAAUUGUUUCAUGGAGUAGUGUACCUAACAACGUGGUAAAAUGUGCAAAGGCAGCUGGAGCUACAGUCAGUCAUGAAGAUGAGAUACAAGUGUACAGACUUAGUCUCCUAAAUAUCAACUUAUAUGCAAAAGCGAUGGCCGACUUCCCAGAAAAGUGCAUGAUGGUAUUUCAACAGUUUCACGCUGCUAUAGCAGUGAAGCCCGAUCGUGAAGGAUGGUAUGGGCACAGAGUCCAAUAUUCUGCCACAGGCAGGCAGGCAGGCAGGCAGGCAGGCAGGCAGGCAGGCAGGCAGGCAGGCAGGCAGGCAGGCAGGCAGGCAGCAGGGGGUAGGAAAUGUCAGUUGUACUUCCUAUGGUGUGUUUGGCGUAAUAUCAGCUGCCUCUAG